AUGCCUCUACCGCUAGUAGCAACUGGACAUUCAUUGCUGCCUGACUAGAAAUUCGGUUGGAAGCCUGAAGCUGAUAAGGAAACACCACCAAUCCCACUGUGUUUUGGUUUGAUCAGCUAUAAUUUAGAGUAGUUCAACUAUUAAAAGGUGGUCUAUGUUGGGCCUAGAUUCUAAAAUACAUAUAAAAUGCAUGAAUAGUUUGCCAAUAAAUAACUUAAAUUACCUAUUUAGAAGGAAGAUGGUGAAAAUCUGACUGUCAACGCCUACAACUUCUAAUUUCCUAAAUAUCAUAAUUCAAGCACAUUUUCUUACGAAGAUGCUUUCAGUUAGUUUCUUGAGCAGCUAGAAGAAGAUACAUCCAUCUUAGAGUAAAACUUAAAUUACUUGAAACCCAAGGCAAUUUAUGAAGGUUAAGAAGACAAAAUAGACGAAAUACUGAAUAAGAAGGGAGGUUACUGGGAACUGGAGGAUGAACUUAUUUUUGACUCAAAUUUUGAAUCAGGCAACCUUGACUUCUCAGGAAAGGUUUCUGAGGGUGAAUAUGAUUUGCUCAUGAGGCUAGAUUCGAACAGCAGAUCUCAUUAAUGCUGGUUUUACUUCAGUGUAGAAUGUAUAGAUGUCUGUAAAGUUAAAAAGGGAUCAACUAUUAAAUUUAACAUACUGAACUUUACAAAGCCUAACUCUCUAUAUAUUCAGGGUAUGAAGCCAGUUGCUUGGUCUCGGUAGAAAUGCUCUUCAGAUGGAUUUGGAUGGCAUCGUACUGGCUCAAAUAUACAAUACAAACUAAGUAAAUUAUGUAGGAAUACUAGAGGUGAUCCACAACACUUUGAGUAUACUUUUGAGUAUGACUAAGAUAAGGUCUGGUUUGCGUAUGCUAUUCCUUACACCUAUACAAUGCAGAAUAAUUUCAUUAAAUAAAUUGAAGAGAUAUAAAAUAAACCUGAAAAUCAAGACAAUAACAUUAUCUUUAAAAAAGAAAGUUUGGGCAAAAGUUUAAGUGGUGUUGAUAUACCUUAAUUAACAAUUACUGAUUUCAGUGAAAAUAACAAACGAAAGAAGACCAUAUUGAUGUGUGGAAGACUUCACCCUGGCGAGACUCAUUCAAGCUGGCUGAUUCAUGGAUUGAUAAGAUUUUUACUUUCUGAGAACUAUAAGGCAUAAGAACUUAGAAAGAGAGUCGUAUUUAAGAUAGUACCAAUGUUAAAUCCAGAUGGUGUAAUAAUCGGUAAUUACAGAACAAGUCUUGCAGGAUUUGAUAUCAAUAGAAAUUUUGGAGACAGAUAAGCCAGCCAGAGACUAAACCCUGAAGCGUUCCACUUCAAGAGAUUAGCUAGCCAACAGCAAAGACUUGCAUUUUUCUUUGACGUUCAUUCUCACUCUAGCAAAAAAUCUAUCUUUAUAUUCGGUCCCUAUUUCCCAUUACAUUCUGAGCAUUAUCUUAAAUUGAGAAUAUUGCCUAAACUUUUAUAAGAAAGAACUCAGAUGUUUAGAUACUACUCCUGCAGAUUCAGAAACGAACCUCAUAAAGUCAACUCUGCAAGACAGACUUUCUGCAGAACCUAUAAUCUACCCUUUUGCUAUACAAUUGAAGCAUCAAUGAUGGGAUUUCUUAACAAGAAUAGAUAAACUGUAAGUUUGGGUGUGACAUCCCUUUAAUAUUUUGGCGAAAAGCUCGGAGAAACUAUUUUAGACUGGUUCCUCAUUAUGGAGUAACACUAAAGAGAAAAAAUCAAGAAAGCAAUUAUGAUGAGCAAGAAAAGAAAAACUAGAAAGAGGACGAUUAUAGAUAUCUUGGGAGAAGAAGAUUAUGAUGAACUCAGAGAAGAGAUUGAUGACCAAAUAGUAUUUCAUGACUAGGAAUAGGAAAAGUAAAGAUAACCUAAGUCAAAGUCUGCAUCAGGCUAAAGAAAAAUAAAAUUAAAAAAGAAAAACAUUAUAGGAGCUGAGAGUCAGAAUGCCUAGGGCAAUUCAUAACUAUUCUCAGAGGAGGCAUCCUGUCUUACUUCUCUACAAAAUCUCCACUAAAAUUCUGAUGAUGAAUAGGAUUCCAAUACUGUCAGUUUUGCUUUGCAACCUAAGAUAUUUCAAAUCAAGUAGUAAUCUAUAACAAAUCAAGCAAAGUCAAAUAGGGGAUUUCAUGUUCCUAGAUUAGCUGGGUUUGAGUACCUUGAAGGUCCUGAUAAGAAGCACCCUGAAAAUAAUAUGGAUAAUCUUAAGAACGAUCCAAACUUCUUGGAUGACUCAAUAUUCGUAUAUGAAGAUUAAGCCAAUCAUUAAGAAGGGGAUUAGCCACUCAGAAGACUUGAAGAUAUAGUUGGGGAUAUCAAGAGAGAUCUAGUAAGAAGUAACCAUAAUGUCAAUAAUGGUCUAUUAGGCGAAAAUAACGAUUAGCAGUUUUAUGAUGAAGGCGACUUAGACUCAUAGAAAGGUUUUUCUUCAGAUGAUGAGGAAAAUCCUAAAGAAUUCGACCCGAUAGAUGAAGACCAAAUUAGGAUGCAAAGUUUGUUGCUAUCUUAUUUUCAAAAUAUCUCGAAGAAGACUAAUAAUGCUGAUUUGGUAUCGACCAUUUUAUCCUCAGAUGGCUUUAAUACUCCUGUCAGAUAGUCAAAAGCUGGCAAGCAUAGAAGUAUCGGAGUUGAUUCUUCAAGUCUUCAACGAAAAGAGAUUGUUUAUUAAGUCAAAAGGUCAUAAGUAGUUAAUAAUCCUGUUAAAAAGUAAGAAGAGAGGAAAAGACAUCAGAGAAAUUUACAAGGAGUCUUUUAUCAACAUCAGACUACUUAAAAUCAGAUAGACAAGGAGCUUUCUUAUACUUUAACUCAUAAGUCCAACCAAGAAUUCUUUGAAUUACUUAAGAAGUAUAUAUCGCAACCAGAGUAUGACCGGCUUCAUGAAAACAUCUAAAAUUAGAGAAAUGUUGAUAAAAGUCCAAUCAAUAGUAAUAAGAAUAAAGCCGCUCAUGGUAGCAGGAAUAUAGGUUCGCAAGAAAAGUAAGAUAGCUGCAAUAUUAGUAAAAAUAAGACAUUUGAAAUGCCCUCCUAGACAUUAUAAAUAAACAGGCAAAGAACAAUAGUAAAUCAUACGAGUUUAAGAGCAAGUUCUCAAUUUGUUAAAUAAAAUAAUGUAGCCAAUACUUAGCCUAACAAAUUGAAAAACUUUGUUUUAUAUGUAGAAGGCUAAAGCAAGGAGAGACAUCCUUCCUAGCAAAUUCAUAUACGAUAAAGCACUGUGAUGGAUGGUAGUUUGAAUAAGUCUAAGAAUCAGUAGCCAAGCCUAUAAGAGGUUUUGAGCAACACCUAUUAGGUAAAUAUAAGCAAUGAUGGUGAAUCAUAAGGUACCCAAAUGCAAUAAUCUUGGCCAGUUUAAGAUACCUAAGUCACUUCAAGUAUCAGAUAGAGCCAGACUUCAUUAAGAUUUAAUUCCAAGACUAAAAAUACCAUUCACAGUGGAGGUUAAAAUCAAAGGGCAUUCAAUAAGAUUAGUCUAAAGGGGACAAGUCAUGUAUCUAAAAAGGUACUACUAAAUCUAUCAGGCUAAAGGACUAUAGUUAAGCCUAAUCUUCAUAUUAAAAACAAGUCACUAUUAAUUGACGAUAAUCGAGAUUACUCCUCGAUCGGAUAAGUAUAGGAAGUAAACAAAUAUUUUGGAAAGCACUCUAAAUAAAAAAGCUUGAAUGUCAAUAGUAAUACGAGCCUUAACAAAACCAAUUCUGGUUUAGGCAACUCAUCACUAUAGAACUAUUAGAAUCGAUUCGAUUUCUAACUGUUUGUCAAUCCACUGAUGGUCUCAAAUAAUAGGUAAAGGACUGGGAAUGUAGUCAACGACUUUUUAUCAAGGAAAAUGGAAGUAGCCUAGUCUUUUCAACAACAAACAAGAGAGUUCACCCCUUAUUAUAUCUAAUCCAGCACCUAGUUAGACUUCUCAAAUGUAUCAAGCAAGCCCAAUUUUCAUCAAUCCUAGACUACUGCUUAAAGCUCUUAGAUUUCAAAAAGAAGACCAGAGACUAUAUUCUCAUAGCAUACUUUAAGAACAGUUGGUCACUAGCCUUAGGGUAUCCAAUAAUAAUUUUCAAGCAACUAGUCUCAACCGCAGUACCCAUAGGUCUCUCUCUAACAGCACCAUCAUAUACAGUAACCUUAACCUAUGUAGAACAAAGUUUUGAUUGAUCUAUUAAAGCAUCAAGGCAACUAAAGCAAGACUGGAAUUGAUAAUAUUUUUGAAGGGAAUAGAAAAAGCGCAGUCAUUAUAAAUCUAAAUAGAGUUAAGGCUGAGGAAGAAAAACAAUGA